AUUGCUCCCAGGUCCUCAGCCGCGACAGCAGGCGCACAGACCUAUUUCUUGGAACUGUAAACCAGUUUUGAGUUAGAGCUGGAAAGGACUCCAGUGGUCAAGUCUAAUUCUGUCAUCUUACAGCUGACAAGCCUGACACCCAGGGGUGACCAUGGCUCCUUGGCCUGAAGUGGGUAACUCCCACUCUGAUCCUAAAAAGUUCAUUGAAGAGACUACCAUCCAACAAUCCAAUGAAAAAGAUAAAGGAAGCUCCAGCAAUAAUGCCCCUUCUCCUGUAAGCAAGAUAGAACUUCUGCCAUCUUACUCAACUAUUGCAUUGAUUGAAGAACCAGUAGCUGAGCAAGACCCAUGGAAGAUGUCUAACGGGAAGGAUACUGAGAUCAAGUGGUCAGAGAAAAACACCACAGAGAAAGUAAUUGCUGUCUUCAGAGCCUUCGGAAAAGUGAUCUUCCUCCUGAUAUUUCUCUACUUCUUUGUAUGUUCCUUGGACAUUCUGAGCAGCGCUUUCCAGUUGGUCGGAGGAAAAAUGGCUGGGGAGAUUUUCCAAGAUGGUUCAGUAUUGGACAAUCCCCUUGCUGGCCUGGUGAUCGGUGUCCUGGUGACCGUCAUGGUGCAGAGUUCCAGCACAUCCUCGUCCAUCGUUGUCAGCAUGGUGUCCUCUUCGUUGCUGACAGUGAAGGCAGCCAUUCCCAUUAUCAUGGGAGCCAAUAUUGGGACUUCAAUCACCAAUACUGUCGUGGCCCUCAUGCAGGCUGGAGACAGGGAGGAAUUUCGAAGGGCUUUUGCUGGAGCCACCGUCCACGAUUUCUUUAACUGGUUGUCAGUGCUGGUGCUGCUGCCCCUGGAGGUGGUCACAGACUACCUCUUUUACCUCACCGAUGCCAUCGUGAGAAGCUUUAAUAUCAGGAGUGGGGAAAAUGCCCCUGAACUCCUGAAAGUCAUCACAGAUCCCUUCACAAAACUCAUUAUCCAGCUGAAUGAAGAUGUCAUAAAUGAAAUUGCUACAGGAAAUGAGGCAGCCAAAAACAAGAGCCUGGUAAAGACUUGGUGUAUAACAUUUAAAAAUGAGACUUUAAGAAACGUCACUGUUCCCUCACCAGAAAAUUGUACCUCUCCCAGUUUCUGCUGGACCAAUGGGAACAUGACCUGGACCCUCAUGAACACAACAUAUGAAGAGAACAUUGCAAAGUGCAAACACACAUUUGUGGAUGUCAACCUCUCUGAUCUGGGCAUUGGGCUCAUUCUUGUGGCCCUCUCCUUGCUGGUCCUGUGCACUUGUUUGAUCAUGAUUGUCAAGGUCCUGAACUCUGUGCUCCAGGGGCAAGUUGCUAUAGUCAUUAAGAAGACCAUCAAUACAGAUUUCCCCUCCCCCUUUGGCUGGCUGACGGGCUACCUCGCCAUUCUUAUUGGAGCCGGGAUGACCUUUAUUGUGCAGAGUAGCUCUGUGUUCACGUCUGCUAUCACUCCUCUGGUUGGCAUCGGAGUGAUCAACCUGGAGAGAGUGUACCCCCUGACCUUGGGCUCCAACAUAGGCACCACCACCACGGCCAUCCUGGCUGCGCUGGCCAGCCCUGGAAGCACUUUGCACAAUUCCCUCCAGAUUUCCCUGUGCCAUUUCUUCUUCAAUGUCUCUGGGAUCAUUCUGUGGUACCCAGUCCCAUUCAUGCGCCUGCCGAUCCGUCUUGCCAGGGCCCUGGGGGAUAUCACGGCCACCUACCGUUGGUUUGCCAUCUUCUACCUCAUGUUCUGCUUUUUAUUGCUUCCACUGGCCGUGUUCGGCCUCUCCCUGGCAGGUUGGCCCAUCUUGGCGGGUGUAGGGGGCCCCAUCAUAUUGGUGGUGUUGAUAGUCCUGAUAAUGCGGGUAAUCCAAGCUCGCUGCCCUCAAAUUCUCCCCAAGAAGUUGCAAACCUGGGACUUCUUGCCCUUGUGGAUGCGCUCCCUCAAACCCUGGGAUGGGCUGGUGUCUCUCAUCACUGGCAAUUGUUGCCAGCUACCGUGCUGCUACUGUUGCCGUGUCUGCUGCCGGGUGUGCUGCCUGCUGUGUGGCUGCCCCCGGUGCUGCCGCUGCAGUAACUGCUGUGACCCACUGGAAGAUGAAGAAAAGGUCAACGAAAUCCCCAUCAAGGUUCCCGAGGUGUAUGAGAACAAGGCAGUCGUAGUGGAGGAGACCCAGUCCGGUUCCAAGAAGCAGGAGGCCCAAGACGUGAAGAACGUCUCUAACUGCACAGCUUUAUAAUAGGACAGGGCUUGGAGAGGAGGAGAAAAGAUUAUUUCUUGUUCUAUGUGCCCUUCUUUCCCCCAAAAUAUGGGUAGAGUAGGGGCAGAUGGCUAGCUAUCUAUUGGAAAAUGGAACCGUGGACAUUUGCUACCCCUACCCUCCACCCCAGAAUCCAAAGCAUUGGCAGGUAGGGCUGGCUCAGCAUUGGCAGAAACUGUGAUCAAACCCUCAUCCUUCCCAGGGCUCCAGUUAUCCCUCACAUGAUUUCUGACUCCCUAAGAGCCCUGGGACAAGAACCACAAGAUGAAUUCUGACUGAGCCAGUUACUUACUCUCUCUCCAGAAACACUAGGGCUACUGACCAACAGGACUUGUUUUAAAGCCCUGAAAACUUUUUUUUAGAAGGAAGAAGCCUAAGGAAAGAUUUCAUUGCUCGAGAAAACCUAGUUAGACUUUUAUUUUUAAAUAAGUGAGUUUGGUUUCUGAGAAGACCUGACUGUAAGUAGGAAAUCAGUCCUUCUGUGGCCCCACAAGACUGGCAGGCAGGGCAGAUCUGGCUGGAGAAGGUGCCAGCUAGUGAUUUAGCCCCCCAGCCCAGACUUACAAAGCCUCAUCUCCAAUCCUGCCACAUGGGGAUGGGGACUUGUAGCAAGGGGAAGGUUGAGGAUUGAGUUUGAGCUCCAGCAAGCUAUGUGGAUCCCUUUCCCUGCUCAGGAGGGGACUGCUGCUGAUCAGCAGCAUGUGCCGGGAUGGCUUCUGGAAAGGCUAGGGAAGAAGGGCUGGCCACCCUUCGGGCUGAUGGCCAUCCUCCUAGCUGAUGGCCAUCCUCCAGGCUGAUGGCUGCCCUCCAGGCUCCUGGCCAUGCAGCCCAGUACCAAAGACCAGUUCCAGAGAGGUGGCUCAGUGUGUGUCCCCGUGCCCCCCGUUUCCCGAUCUUUCCCCCUCAUAGUCUUCACAGCUUCUCCUGGGCAGUCUACACAAGCUGGCCAGAGCCAGGCAAUUUCCAGAACAUGGAAAAGCUGCUUCUGAGGGAAGGUGAUUUAGGGAAGAAGCACAGAGUUGCACGUGUGCUUCUGGAUCUCUUGCCCUUGGAGGGAAAUUAAGGGUGUAGUGUCCCCAGGACAGUUAGCACAGCAGCUUAGGCUGCGCCAUGGGCCAUCCCCAACUGGGAGAGCCCAGAAAUUCGGAUUCAUCGAGGGCAAUGCUGAGAGCUGAUGCCAAGUCCCAGAUGGCCGGAGCGCCUCUGGUGCUAUGGGGAGGUUGGGCAGGAGAUGGUGAAGUCUUUAGGAGCAGGGGAGAGCAGCUCCUCCUCCAUCCUGGGUGCCUGCCGGCCUCUCAUCCUGGCCCUAGGAGAGGAUCUUGAGAUUCUGAGCUAAACUUUGCUUCCUGUCAGCCUGUUAGGGGCUUGUGAGUCAGGGCAUGAAGCUCGGUUCGCCCUCACUCCCAGGGGGGAGCAGAAUAAACUGAGCUGGCCGCAGGAUCAGACCGAAGGUCCUUCCCAUCUUGGACCUUCCAAGAGACCCAGAGUGCCUUGGGAUCCGGGUCUUGUCUGAGCAGAGGGAUUAGCUGAUGGAGCGGCCCCCUAGCCCGUUAGGGUGUGGAUGGUCCUUGAAGGAUUCGGAAGUGACCGGGCUUGCUGGGAGCCCUUCUUUCUGGGUUUUUGCCUCUCUGUGCCCCUUUCACAGGAAGCCAAACCUGCCAGGCCUGCUGAGGGGAGCUUGUGUGGCAGGUGGCCAUGUCCUGGGCAAAAUGUGAAUGUUGAAGGCAUGACCCUCCUCAGACAGCCGGUAGCUAGUCUUUUCUGCAUCCUCAAAGGGUGGCAGUCUGCCUGGACACGAAGUACCUGGUCCUUGUGUAGCUUUAGGAUGACCUGCUAAAGACCAAUCUGGAACCUGGAAUUUCCCCCACCUGCCAGGGAUGAGCUGUGUCCAGACCCUUAAACUCCUGCCUCUUAAAAGAGGCUCAUUGGUGAGCCUGUGAUUGGACAGAGUCCACAUUUCCAGAGGUCAUUGAGUUUGGGCUGUCCAGCCAGCCUUGGUCCCCAAUCUCCUCCUGAUGUACGUGCUCAUGCACAUGGGUGGGGUGAGGGAGCCUGUGUAUUUUGGCAGUCCCAGGGUCCUCUCUUUGCCUUUUGUGGGUCCUUCUAAGAGACAACAAUCUGCACUUCCCUCUCCGCCAGCCAUGUUUGUUCCCUCCAACACUCCUCCAAUAUUCUCAUUUCAUCUCACUUAAGUAGGCUCUUCCAACAAUUUCCCAGCUCCAAAGGGUGAAAGCUGAGGGAAGUUUAGGUUGCCAGAGUAUAAUAGGAAAGGGAAGUACAAGUUGAAGAAGCACAAGUAGCCCAUUCCUCACGUCCUACAUCCCCCCAUUUGGGAUCAUGUGGAUCCUUACCCUGACCUUCCACUAUGUGUCUAACCCUUCAUAAACAGAUACCAAUAUAGUCUCUAUGUAUGGUCACUUCGUUAAUAGCUUUUUCAUGAGUUAGAUUGAAUAUAAUCUGUAUGAUUCUGGUUUUAUAUUGUUCACCUUUGAAAAUAAGAAUGUAUUUAACUAUGAAAUACAUACAUAUAAGUAUACAUAUAAAAAGCCAACAUAAGCAAAAACAUUUGUAUAUUUUGUAAUAUCUUUUAAAUUUGUCCACUGCACACUGUAAAUACAUAUGUUAUGUAUCUUGUAGUCCCACUUGCACUCAGUACGCUUUUUUCUCACUUGGAUUAUUCAUGUGAUCUGUGUACAUGGUAUGAUUUUCACAUUUUUGGAAAUAACAAAACAAUAAAAAUAUAUUCAAGCACAAA